CAGUUGGGAAAUUGCAAAAGGACGGACGCGGACACGACCAAGCAAAUAUCUUCUUCAUUCCCCUCUGCUCUGCCCCUCCCACAAUUCUUCUGCUCGGUCUUUCCUUUCAGGAAUCAUUCUUCUUCAUUCAUCUCUUCAAAUUCGGCACAAAAAUCAGGAAGGGUUCAUCUCAAUCAUUCCUCCCCGCUCCUCCUCUCGCCGUGGCGUUUGCCCUGGUUUGUGAUUCUGAGGAAUCUCCGUCGACAGCGGGGUUCUUCAUCGAUCCCCUGCUUCUUGGUAGGAAGGUUCGGGUUCAGCCCCCAUCGUCCAUUUUGUCCGUAUUUGCCGACAAGACCGAUCAAUCUUUCAGGGAGAUAUCGUAUCCAAAUUCCAAUAGCCUCUCUGAGCAUUGUUAUGGGUUCAUGUUUACCUAAGUAUCAACAAGCUGGGAGGUCUGACCCGAAUGUUAAUCUUACUGGCGGGAAUUUACACCUCGUGACCACGAUGGAGAUUUGGGAGGAAAAGCUUUCAGAAGCAGAAAAGUGCAGAAAGAGCGUCAUUGCGAACUUCAGCGCGACCUGGUGUGGUCCGUGCAGGACAAUUUCAGCUUUCUAUGCAGAAUUAGCUCAGAAACAUCCUUCUCUGAUGUUUCUAUUGGUCGAUGUCGAUCAACUUACUGAGCUCAGCACAUUAUGGGACAUUCAGGCGACACCUACUUUCUUCCUCCUUAGAAAUGGGCAGCAAAUCGACAAGCAUGUGGGUGCAAACAAGCAGGACCUACAAAGAAAGAUCACUGCAAUCUUAAAUUCGAAACCAUAGCCUAAGACGUGUCAGGGACUUGACAGGUGAUUGAUUACUCGUUCCUCCACUCUCACCCGAGGAAGUUCGUCGAAACUCUGUUGAGACAUGAAGUUUUGAGCAUCUUCCGCGUUUCGGAACCGUUUGUCUUCUGCUUUUUUGCCUGUACUUUUGCCUUUCAACGCUGUAAAUAGGACUGAUUGAGGACUGGUUCAGUAUAUUCUUCGACCAGAAAGCAAUUUUCUCAAACUUGUGGUACGGUGCCAAGUUGUUAUUAUUAUUUAGAUGGAUGCGCAGAAGACCCACUGCAGAAUAGUUAGUGA